GGUAACGAAGAACCGAGACACACUGGGCUAGUGUAGAAGGAAUCACCACAUAGAUGCCGAGGGUCUGUCCAUGAAAGCGGAAACACUCUCAAACACGCAAGGGCGGUGAAAGGUUUUGUGGAUAACCUUUUGAAUCAUAAGAGAAGAGGACAACCCCUUUUCCUGUCUGACUCUGUCUGUCUCAUGAGUAGCCAUGCCUGUUCUCUCACCUACCACAGGUUUACAUGAGAUGCUAGCCCUCCUCACCUCCCAGCUGCAUCCAGAAGCUAAUCAUAAGGAGGACCUGGUCUUCCUCAGGGAGGUCUUUAGUGAGAGGAGCCUCAGCUAUCUUAUGAAAAUUCAUGUGCGACUGAGGCAGUUCCAGCUCCAGAGUCCGACCCCAGUGUUCCAUAGCGCAUCCUGUCUGGCCGAAGACGUCGCAGAGGAGCUGCAGAAUGGACCACUGGAAGACGAUGAGAGAGAGCUUUUAACACUUCUUACCACUCCACAUGUGAAGGCAGUGCUAGCAGUACAUGACACAGUUGCACAGAAGAAUUUUGAGCCUGUGCUCCCCCCUCUACCAGACGAUCUAGACGAUGAACUGGAGGAAGAAUCAGUGAAGAUUGUGCGUUUGGUGAAGAACAAGGAGCCUCUUGGUGCGACCAUCCGCAGGGACGAGGUAACUGGAGCGGUGGUGGUUGCUAGGAUCAUGAGGGGCGGGGCUGCAGACCGUAGUGGUCUGGUGCAUGUUGGAGAUGAGUUGAGAGAGGUCAAUGGAAAUCUCAUUAUACACAAACGUCCUGAGGAGAUCAGCCAGAUUCUGUCUCAGUCUCAGGGCUCGAUCACUCUGAAGAUUAUACCUGCCAUUAAGGAGGAGGACAGAUUCAGUGAGAGUAAGGUUUAUUUAAGAGCCCUGUUCAAUUACACGCCAUAUGAAGACAAGGCUACACCCUGCCAGGAGGCAGGACUGCCUUUCACAUGUGGGGACAUCCUGCAGGUGGUGAGCCAGGAUGACCCAACGUGGUGGCAGGCCAAAAGAGUGGGAGACAGCAACCUGCGUGCCGGCCUUGUUCCUUCAAGACAGUUCCAGGAGAGACGACUGUUGUAUAGGAUGAAAAUGGGAACACACCAGAGCCCUAAAUCACCCAGAGCAACACCAUGUGAACAAUCUUGUGAAAAAGAGGACUGUGAGAGUGAGGGCAGUAUCAGUGGACAGCACGUAGUUGUAGUUUCUCCAAAGUGUAAGGCGGUGGCACCAUCCUGUGGCCAGGCCUUUUCCUGGGAGUUUUACUCAGCUGGUCUAAGGAGAAGCUUCAGGCUAAGCCGCAAGGAUCAUCAGGGUUCUACCAAAGAGUCUCUUUCAGCGGAGUCUGCAGAGAAUGAGUUCCUCAUUUAUGAAGAGGUGACCCUAUAUCAGAUGAGACCUCAAGAUAAACCAAGACUUGUGGUGCUGAUAGAUCUUCUGGCAGUGCUGAAGGAUAGCCAAGCCACUGGACGUCUACCUUUGAGAUGCAGAAGGGCAGUUCUUACCCUGCUGCCAAAAAAAGGUGACCUACAGCUCAUAAAAAACUGGAGACCGGUGUUCCUUCUGUAAUGGUCACUGUAUAGAUCUGCACUGCAUUUCCCAGAAACCUCUUCACCACACACCUGCAGUCACUCUCAUGACUCCAAAUCACCUGCACCUGUUCCAAAUCAACAGCCAGCUCCAUAUAAACUCCCAGUUUUCACUCAGUCAUGGUCAAGCCUCCAACAGGAACAGACCCUAACCAGUCUCCAUGGAACACGCUGAUUCAUCCAGCUCCAGUAAUGUAACAUAUACUCACCUGAAGAUACUAACCUUUCUGUCCAUGUUCUGAUGUUCCCAGAAUCUGCUCCUUGAUCCUUGUUUCCUGAGUCCUUGUAAUCUUCCUGAGUCUCGUUUGCUGACAGAUGGUCUGAAAGAGAAAAACAAGUAUCACUGGACUGUGUUAGUUUGUUUAUUGCUCUGAAGAGGAUCUGCUCACCUGGAAUCCUUCCUGCAACGUAUCCUCCUCGAAUUCACCUCUGAAACACUGAAAAUUUGAACACUCACCUUUGAACUUGAAAUAAAGAUUUGUGUGUAUUCACUUACCUCUGUCUCUGGGCCUGUAUCCUGACACCUUCUUUGUACUGAUUAUAAGCUACUCUCCAAAGUCUUGGCAAGUAGACUUAAGGUAAGGUGAUGGCACAAGUUGUUUUGCCUGAUCAGACUUACUGCAUCUCGGGUAGGCUGAUUUAUGAUAACAUCAUUCUCAUUCGAGACUUAUUAGAAAUUUCCAAGCUUUUUGAUUUCAAAAUGGGGAUUGUUUCUAUUGAUCAGGAGAAAGCCUUUGACCGUGUUGAAAACACAUAUUUGCUGCCAAAGAUUGUCUGCAUUGGACGCCUCAAAGUGUGUUAUUUUUGCCGAAAGAUGGAAGACAAGGAUUAAUUCAUCAGAACAGUAGAGGGGCAACUUUCCGC